CGUUGAGCACGACCAUUCCUUCCACCCAUGCCCACCUACACUCGCUCAGAAUGGUUCCUCCCUUCCCUUCCGGGGUGGGGCCGGCGGGCGGCAGAGAAGUCACUUCCGCUCUUGCGCACUGAGACCCGGGCCGGGCGGCAAAUAAACAGGACUCGGGGGGUAGCGGCUGCCUCCCUGAGGGGAGGCAGGGGCGCGUUGCUCGCGAGGCGGCGGAGCUGCGAGGGGGAGGCGCGUUCCCCGGGCCCGCUGAGGCGGCGCCGCGCCCGCCGUGUACGAUGAGCGGCGGCUCGGACGGGAACGAGGAGUUCUACCAGCAGCUGCGGCUCCAGCAGCUGUACGAGGCCCGCCGCAGCGGCGAGGGCGAGCCCGACCCCUUCACCUACGUGGACCCGGCGGAUGGGACGGCUUACGAGUGGGACCGAGACAAGAAGGCCUGGUUCCCUAAGGUGACUGAAGACUUCCUGGCAACAUAUCAUGCUAACUAUGGCUUCCCUACAGAUAGUUUAGACAGUUCCUCUGCUUCAAAGACUGAAAGUAAGCCAGCUGUGGAUUCUAGGACAGCAGGAGCACAGCAGUCGGCAAAUAAAAAAGCACCCCAACAAACAGAUUCUAAACAAAAAGGAGAAAAAAGAAAACUCGACGCAGGAUGGUUUCAUGUUGAAGAAGACAAAAACACAAAUGUGUAUGUGACGGGUUUGCCUCCAGAUAUUACAAAGGAUGAGUUUAUACAGGUUAUGUCAAAGUGUGGUAUCAUUAUGCGAGAUCCUCAGACAGAAGAACAUAAAAUUAAACUUUAUAAAGACAAGCAAGGAAAUCUUAAAGGAGAUGGCCUCUGUUGUUAUCUCAAGCGAGAAUCAGUUGAGCUUGCAUUAAGACUUCUGGAUGAGGAUGAGAUUAGAGGCUACAAAUUGCAUGUUGAAGUAGCAAAGUUUCAACUAAAGGGGGAGUAUGAUGCAAGCAAAAAGAAGAAGAAAUGCAAAGACUACAAGAAGAGGCUGUCUCAACAACAAAAACAAUUGGAUUGGAGGCCUGAGAAGAAAGAUGCCACAGCUCGAAAGCGACAUGAGCGUGUUGUUAUCAUCAGGAACAUGUUCCACCCAAAGGAUUUUGAGGAAGAUCCUUUAGUACUGAAUGAGAUCAGGGAAGACCUACGGACAGAAUGUGAAAAGUUUGGAGAAGUAAAGAAGGUUCUCUUAUUUGAUCGACACCCAGAUGGUGUGGCCUCUGUUUCAUUUAAAGAGCCAGAGGAAGCUGAUCUGUGCAUACAAGCUCUCAAUGGAAGGUGGUUUGGUGGUCGUCAGCUAAGUGCUGAAACAUGGGAUGGUACAACAGAUUAUCAGGUGGAGGAGACCUCAAGAGAAAGAGAGGAAAGGCUCAAGCUGUGGGGGUCAUUUUUAGGAGAGUCUGAUGCAGAAAAGCAGAAAAUUGCAGCUGCUUCAAAUUCUGCAGCUAGUGGUGUGAAACUGCCUGAAGAUCAGCCUUCAAAAGAUAAUGGCACAUCUAAAGGUGAUGUGAAUGAUGAAGCUCAUAAGAGAGAGAAUAAUGGUGAAGGCAUUAAUGAAGAUGGCACUCCAUCAACAGACAGCAGCCUUGCAGGCAGUGAUGAUGAAACAGAUACAUAACAUCUCUAAUAUUUUAUGAAAGCAUGCUUUUUAGGGUGAUGUUUGGAUUUCUCUUAUCCUGUGCUUCAGGGUGACUACAGACAGUGUUCAUGUGUUUAUAUGCAUAUUUGAUGUCAUCAGCUUGUGCUUUGAAAUUUUCAUUAAAAGCAGUAGUUAAUGAAGAUCUAAAAAAAGUUCAUAUUAAUUGGCUGCUGUCCAAGAGCACAGCAGAACUGACCAGGCUUCUUAUGUCAUAUAUUUGCUUGUCAGUGUUUAAAUUAUAUAAAUGUGAAGUGUAUGUGAACUCCAGAGUUUGAACAAUUACACAGAAUCUAAAACAUUUUAGUAAUAUACAAAGAUAUUAAAAUCAAUAUUAAUGUUUGCUUUAGUUCCUUACACUUUUGGAACUUGGUAUCUUCCUUUUGACAGUUUUACAGAACAGUUGUUGCAGUAAGGCCCAAUACAUUCACCCUGUACAUGCGUUGCCAUAUUAGGCAUUUUAAAUAGCAGAUCAUGGAGCAUGAAAUUGUCGUUCAGUCUACAAAACUGAAAAUUCUUGCCAUAGCCUACACUGAGCCACAGAUACGUGAGAAGAUAUUUUAAAAUCAGAAUGUUCAGUAUAGAAGGGUGUCGUCUCCUUCUUGAAUCUUCCAUUGAUGUAAACAAGUUGUGAGUAUUUUGAGGAGAUUAGACCUGUAAGCACUUCAACACUGGAACACUGUAAAUAAAACUGACCUAAUCUUCAGUUUAAAUUCGGAUGAUAGAAUGAGUAUUUCCAUGUGCUGAAAGCAUGUAAAAAUUAUACAUUGAACAUGUGGCUUUGGGGGUUCUUUUGCCUUAAAUCUAAGAAGUGCUUUUUCAGUCUUUGGUAGGGUGUGGAGUCAAUAUGUACCAUAUUCUUUUUGAGAUAGAUGCUUUUGGUUUAGUUCACAGCCUGAGGGGCCUCUUCCCCCAAAGACUUCAUAAAAUUUAAAAGGUUUUAACCUUUAAUCCCAAGGUUGUCACACAGUGUAUGAAUAUCAGGGAACAUGUUUUUCAAAAAUUGAAAAUGUUCAAAAAUCAAAAAAUAGUAGUUAAUUAUAUUUUCUUGUUUUCCUGUUUUCCUAGCCAUUAAAUUGACAAACAUUUUUGUUCAAUUAGGCAAAGAAUUUCAAAACAAUGUCUGAAGUUAGCCGCCUUAAUUAGAUGUGUAAAGUGGUCUGAAGUUCAAAAGUGAUUUCAAUGGAUCAGCUUGGAUGCUGAGCACUUUUGAACGUUACUUUAGGCACCCUGUUUAAAAAUGUUGGCCCUAGAUCCUGAGCAUAUCUGUUAAUAUUUGGAACUGGCUCUGGAUUAUUUGAAAAAAGUAGAGUGGGUUGUGAGAGAUUAUGGGUGUUAGUGCUCAUGUUUCCCAUUUGAAGCGCUCAAUUUUGAUAGAAGACCUUGGUUGUCUUUAAUUUAUACUGUACUUAUCUUUGAUUUUUUGAAUUUGUCUGGACAAUUACACUGUAGUAAAGUUUUUUUUGAUAAUCAGUGUGUUUAUGUAGGUUAUGGCAAUAAGUUUGUAUAAAUUAAUACUUGCCGUUGUGGUUACAUCUUAUUUCCUUAUGAGCAACCUAGAUAAGAGAAUAGUAGUUAUUAUCAGACUUGUAACCCCUGAUUGUAUUAAAUUGAUGGAUACUUUAAUUUAUUAUAAACUAGUGUGACAAUUUUUUAAUUUUUAAAUAAAAUACCCUUUGCGGAUUUUUAAAAGUUGAUUAUGCCAUUGAGAGGAAACCAUUUAAUUCUCACUAUCCCAGUAGAUUCUUUUCCCAUCUUUGAGCACAUCAUGAAUUAUAAACCUUAGCAAAAUAAGUGCUUCUGAUUUGUUUAGGGAUUCUAUAUUGGUUAGCUUAUAAUUAUGCAUAAUGUCAAAUUCAAAUUACUUCUAGCCCAUAUAGUUCUAAACCUAAAAUGUUUCCGCUGGUACAGUGUGUACUUAACCAUUGUCAUGACCACAAACAUGUGAAUGCUUAAAGCUUCUGUGUGUAACAUGCAGCUUAAUACCAUGGGCAUUGUUUUCAGUGCUUCUCUGUUCUAGCUCCCAAACUCUAGGCUUUGGAUCUGUCAAGCUAGCAUGCUGUUAGCUUUCUAGAGGGCCUAAUUAAUUAUAAAAAAUAUUCUGGGCAGUUCAACCUAGCAAUUAAAAAGGGAAUCGAAAUUGCUGUAGAGAAUGCUUGAGAAAUGAACGUUUUACAGUACUAUGCCUUAUCAGUUACUGUCAAAUCAGAUAAUUUGGCAUUGACUAUUUAACAGUAUGCUUAAAAACCCAUGUAAAACUAAGGAAUUGGUGUAUGUACAUUAACUUCCCCCUCAGUUGAUUUAAAAUUUGAUUGCCCUGCCCAGCUACUGAAAUUUAUUUAAUGAGAGGGGUAAGUUUUUAAAAUUCUCCUUAUUUCAGACUGGAAACAGCACCAACAAAAACUAAAAAACAAAACAAAACCACUUUACUGGCGUUUUGAAAUAAUUUCUAAGAAUAUAAAUUGUUUUCAUGACUGCCUGAAAUUCUGAACCAUUUGUUUCCGCUUCUAGCCAAACAGUCUAAAUUGAGACAUUAUAUUGAAGUUGGUACACCUCUCUUCACCUACCUUUUAUACUUGGACAGGAAAGUAGGGAAAAUAUUUUUUUAAAGCUAGCAGCUUAUUCAUGAACUAUACAAGAAUGGUGAUAAUGUAUAGAAAACAAAUAGUGAGACACAUGACCGUUUCCAGUGGGGUGUUUAUGUAAACAGUGGUUUUAAGUUAGAGUACUUUUUAUUAUAUACAGUAAUUAUGAAAGUUUUCAUAAUUCAUUAGCUUAUACGGGAAACUACAGUUUGCCAUAUGGUUAUAGAGAAUCAUGUGAUCACAAAAAUGAAUUUGAACCACAUGAUCAUGAAUCUAAUAUUUUAGUACAAUAAGUUAGUGGAUACUGUCGAAUUCUUAACUCUGAUCUGCAGACAAGCAGAACCUGUAAAUGUAUUAUUGUUCAAUGAUUUUUUUUACCUCUAGUAAGUGUUUUUAUGCCAAGUGAGUAUGUAGUAAUAAACUUCUAAAAUACAAUAUCUACCCCCAAAAUAGUUUGUUACAUGGUUACAAUCCAAAAGUAGCAGAAAACCUGAGUCUUGUCACAUGGCCUGAGACUCACAAAACUCUCACAUAACCAGUCCCACUGAAGAAGACUACACUUGUGAGUACAGUUUUAUAGGAUUGAGUCCAUGAUCCCCCCUCAAUUCAGUAAAGAUGGCAAGAUCAGGAUUCAAUAUGGGUUUCUUGUUUUCCUUAUGUUUCAUUCCAAAGUGCUGUCAAUAUACUGCUUUCUUUCAGACCCUACCUUAAACCUUAGCUUUUGAAAGCUGUUUUCCUAAUCUGAUUUGUGCUGUUUCUGCCUGAAUACCUUUAUGAAGUUGUUACAGUUAGCAGAGAAAACAGGUCUUGUCAGAAGUGAACGUUUCAAGAAGUUAUCCCCCCCUUUUUUAAAAAAUAUUAUAGUGUCUUAUGAAAAGGCCAACUGUUUCUGGUCUAGCAGUAAAUUGAAAUGAUUUGCCAGUAAUCAAUGUAGCUCUAAUUCAAAGAGCUGCUUUCUGAAGAUCCUGCUCGUAGAUUUAGAUAGUGGUAAAGCACUGAGUGUAUUUAAAAUAAUUUAAAUACAAAGGGGUGAAAUAUUAAAUAGUUUUCACUUAUAUAAAGUGUAGAUAAUAUUGCCAAGUUCUAACCUAUUCCUUAUUUUGUAUUGAAGGGCCAAAUUAUACUGAUUUGUCAUUUAAUAAUUGAAUAAUAGUAUAAUGAUUCAUAGAUGCUUAUGUGCAUAAGAGGUGGUAAUACUGUACUAAACCAAUUACCGGUAAGUACAAUGCAAAGAUUAGACUGGAAAGGGGAGGGGGAAGCCCCAAAGGAGCAGAUUUAAGUGUUUUUCACAUUUGCAUGUACAUGUCUGAAGAGAGGAGGUAUAGGGAUAGUUUAGUUUCAUUUUGCAUCAAAAUGUUUGUUGCUCCUGCUGACUUUCACUUUUAAAAUACAGCUGGAUAUACUCAACUCUUAACUGAAUUUCAAUCCUUAAUAUACGUUUUAUUUUGUUCAGGGAUUGCAAUUUGCUUAAAAUCAUUAAUGUAUUAAAUGCAGUGCAUUUUGACCUAAAAACUUGUCCCAGAUUUCAUUCACAAGGCUAAACUAUUUAAUUUUUUGGAAUAUUUAAUCCCAAUUCACUAAAGUGUACAGGUAUUAGGUGCUUCAUAAAACUACACUGACAUUUGAAUUCUACAGUGAAUUAGUAUCCACAUCUUAAACUCUAUAUUACAACCAGACUAAAUUCCUUCUAAGACAUCACACUGCUUUAGAUUUUUCAUUAGACUCAACAUCAGUUUUAUUUUUUUCUGAAAUUGAGAAAAUAUGCUGUAGUAUGACAAAUAAAUUAAAUUUUGUAUAUUAAGGAAGUCAUGUUAAAUUGAUGUGUGAGUGUGCUGGAUUGUGCAGGGCUUGAAGUUUUUGGUAUUAAGGUAUUCUGAAAGUGCAAUCAAAUGUAGUUAUAGAAAUACAAAAUGGCUUUCAUGGCUAGUGUUACAUUUUUUGCACUGACCCACAGUGUAAUACUACUAUAGUAAUAUUGUAAGAUUGUCUUUCAAUAAAUUAACUGAGUUGUUCUAAUUGGCUUUCCCUUAAAGCUAAAUUGAAUUUGCCAUUUAAAAUUCUCUCAUUCUGAAACGUAAAUUUUUUAAAUAUUCCUUCAUACUUAUAAUUUCUAGCCCUGUGACAGAAUCGAAGAAGCUCUUGAUUUGUCUUGAAUUUUUGUUUUUGUUUCUUAAAGGGGUUGUGUUCUAUACUACCUUUUUAAUAAACAAACUUAUAAACAA